UGCUUGUGUGCAAACGGGGAGGCUGGGACAGGGAGCUGUCCGGACAGCGAGCUUAGCUCAGCAUUUCAGGCCACUUCGCCAUUGUCUGGGGAUCAGCUUCUCCAGAGCUCGGUGUUACAGCUGGGAGCUGGUAUCUGACCCAGGGUUGACUCUGCAGUCCGAUGAGGGUGGUGGUGCUACUGGAGUCCCUCAGCAGGGGUCAGUCAGAAAAUGACUGAGUAUAAGCUGGUGGUGGUUGGAGCAGGUGGCGUUGGGAAGAGCGCUUUGACAAUACAGCUCAUUCAGAACCAUUUUGUUGAUGAAUAUGACCCCACAAUAGAGGAUUCCUAUAGAAAACAGGUAGUCAUUGAUGGAGAAACCUGUUUGUUAGACAUCUUGGACACGGCAGGACAAGAGGAGUACAGCGCCAUGCGAGACCAGUACAUGAGGACAGGGGAGGGCUUCCUGUGCGUCUUUGCCAUUAACAAUACUAAGUCCUUUGAAGAUAUUCACCAGUAUAGAGAGCAGAUCAAGAGAGUGAAGGACUCAGACGAUGUCCCCAUGGUGCUGGUGGGGAACAAAUGUGACCUGCCAGCCCGGACAGUGGAGACCCGGCAAGCGCAGGAUUUGGCCAGGAGUUACGGGAUCCCCUACAUAGAGACAUCUGCUAAAACCAGACAGCUGACCACGCCGUGACUUGGAGGGGUUUGCGCUGUGCAGAGCACGAGGAAAGAGGUGAACCGAAAGAAGAAACAAAUGGAUUCAGGGGAGGAGAUUGGGGGAAAGGGGAGAUGAGGAGGAGGACAACGACGAGGGUAGCUUGAACCCUGCUCCCCCCCCACCCUCCCCAUGGACUAUUUCGAACUUCACCAAGGCCUACAAUAAACGACUGUGUUUUCCACCCCCACCUUCCCUCCUCCUUGUGCCUCCUCCCCUCCUGGCCACUGUACAAAGCCACAGAUCGAAUCACAGUAAAUUAUUAUUUGAU